UUACAGUUUCACUCAAAAUAUUACCAUCCGACAUUCCAAGUUCCGACGUUCUCCGUUGUUCGUUUAAAGUUAACUGUUUCCAGCAUAUUUAUUUAAAAAAAAUGCUUUUAUUUUAUAGGUACUGACACACAACUAAUGAAUCUGAUGUAAACGGCACAGCUGCAUAGUAGUAGUAAUAACUAGCAGUUCGUAAUAGUUGUAGGGCUAACUAAUGUUAUGCUUAUUGGGACUUGUCUGGUACCUAACUAACAGCAUCUACACUUAAACCGCUUUUAUCCGUAAAACUGUUUUGAUCGAAAAAUAUAACAAUUUUGACACAGCUGCAAUUAUGGACGCAGAUGUGGAUUCCGCUUGGAUAUGUACACAAGCCAUCGUAAGUACGGAUAGUCAAUCAGACGAUGAACAAGAAAAAAUUAACAAUUAUGGAUACAUUGUCCUAAAUGAUAUGAUUGACAAUGAACGUUAUAUACUAAAAGAAGGUGAUAAUACAAUUGGAAGACAUCCCUUAAAUCAUAUAUACAUUGAACAUCCGUCAGUAUCGAUGAACCAUGCUGUUAUUCAAUGUGAUUCUGAUGGUGUUGUUCUGUUAGAUAAAGGAAGUUUAAAUAAAACUAAACUUAACAAGAAAAUUUUGAGGAAAGAUGUUGCUUAUUUUCUUGAAGAAAAUACUUUAUUGAUGUUUGGAGAAGUCCAAGCUGAUUAUUUUAUAAAUGAAAAAUCUAUUGAAUUUAAAAAUGAUACCAAAUCAAUGGCACCUGCUAACAAUUUUGUACACAAAGAAACUCAAAAUGAUGGGCUUUCUUUAUCAAAAUUGUCUAAUACAGUCAUCACUCCAAAAUCUUUUAGAACAGACAUACCUAAUGCAAUUUCUGAUUGUAAUGUAUCCUUAGUAAUUGAAAAUAAAUCUACAUGCAAGAUAGAAAAAGAAGUUCCUAAAACCAUUACUGGAACUGAAUGUACUAUGAAUACUCUUAAUGAUAUACAUUCAAAAUUAAAUUCUUCGAGUCCCAGUGAUGAAUAUUUAUUAGAGGCUCUUAGCCAAGUAGAAACAAAACAAAAUAAUGUAAAUUCUAAUGAAAUUGUUCACAAUUUAUCUAAUGAAGAUACUCUUAUAAUGAAUUUAACAGAAUCCGUGUCCGAAAUAACACGAGAAGAUACUCCCAGUCCUGUAAUGGAUCUUAAAAGUUCCAUUUUAACAACAAACAAUGUAACAAAAAAUCUGUUUCAAUCACCUAACAAAAUUAAUUCAGAAGCGAUGAGAGAAGAUACUCCCAGUCCUGUAAUGGAUCUUAAAAGUUCCAUUUUAACAACAAACAAUGUAACAAAAAAUCAAUUUCAAUCACCUACCAAAAUUAAUACAGAAGCCAUUAGAGAAGAUACUCCCAGUCCUGUAAUGAAUCUUAAAAGUUCCAUUUUAACAACAAACAAUGUAACAAAAAAUCAAUUUCAAUCACCUAACAAAAUUAAUACAGAAGCGAUGCGAGAAGAUAGUCCCAGUCCUGUAAUGAAUCUUAAAAGUUCCAUUUUAACAACAAACAAUGUAACAAAAAAUCAAUUUCAAUCACCUAACAAAAUUAAUACAGAAGCGAUGCGAGAAGAUACUCCCAGUCCUGUAAUGAAUCUUAAAAGUUCCAUUUUAACAACAAACAAUGUAACAAAAAAUCAAUUUCAAUCACCUAACAAAAUUAAUACAGAAGCGAUGCGAGAAGAUAGUCCCAGUCCUGUAAUGAAUCUUAAAAGUUCCAUUUUAACAACAAACAAUGUAACAAAAAAUCAAUUUCAAUCACCUAACAAAAUUAAUACAGAAGCGAUGCGAGAAGAUACUCCCAGUCCUGUAAUGAAUCUUAAGAGUUCCAUUUUAACUACAAACAAUGUACCAACAAAUAUAUUUCAAUCUCCCAGCAAAAUAAAUAAAGAAUUAAUUCGAGAAGAUACUCCUAGUCCAAUAAUGGAUUUUGGAUGUUGCAAUGAUUUUGAAAAUAAUCUUGAAACCAAUAACCAUGGUAUAAUUUCGGGCAUUCAGUCUCCAAAUGAAGUUGAUAAAUUCAACAAUACUCAAGUUGAUAACAAUAUUGUAGAAUUAUACACUCAUACUUCAAACAACGAUGAAGUCCAGAACGUUGAAUCUGGUGAACAGUCAAUUAUUCCAAUAAAAAAUUGUUUAGACUUUCACAGUAAUAAUCAUUUAUCAGGUUCAAACAAUAUUAACCUAUCUACCAAUGGUAAUAAUACCGAUAAACAUAAAAUAAUUGUUAAUACUUUUGAAGCAGAUGAUGAUGAUGUAUUCAGACAUUUUAUUGAAGAGGAAUGUAAAUCUCAGCAACAUGAUCUGAAAAUACUUGAAAAUCAAGAUUUUUUCAACUGCCCCGCUCAGAAAGUAUCAAUUAAAAAAAAUAUACAAUCAAAAGUAACCUCUUCAAUACAUAAAAAAGAAUCACAAAACCUUAUAGAUCACUCAAAAUCUAUUAAAAAUAAUGCAAGUACGUCAACAAUUAUACAUGAUGAUUUAACUCAAAUUACCGAAAUGGAUGAUGAUUUUUUCAACUGUCCUACACAAAAAGUAUCAACUUCUAAAAAGGUACGACCAAAGGAAAGUUCUUCAAUACAUGAUGAAGAGACACAAGAACUUUUAGGAUUUUCAAAACCUUGUAAAAGUAACUCAAUUGUGUCAAAAAGUUAUUCCUCCAGUAUACAUGAAGAAAAUACUCAGAAUGCCAAAAUAGAUGAUGAUUUUUUCAAUUGUCCUACACAAAAAUUAUCAAUAUCUAAGAAUAUAUUUCCAAAACCAAAAGUAUCUCAUUCAAUUCAUGAAGAAGAAACACAAAAACCUCCAGAAUUUUCACAAUUUGAUAAAACAAAUAAUAUUGUUUCUAAUAACUAUUCCACAAAUAUAAAUAAAGAUUUAACAGAAGUUCCAGAAAUGGAUGACGAUUUUUUCAAUUGUCCUACACAAAAAGUAUCGAUUACUAAAAAGCUAAAUCCUAAACCAAAAGUACCUUCUUCAAUAAAUGAUGAAGAAACACAAGAACUUUUAGAAUUUUCAAAACCUUGUAAAAGUAAUUCAAUUGUGUCAAAAAGUUAUUCCUCCAGUAUACAUGAAGAAAAUCAUCAGAAUGCCAAAAUAGAUGAUGAUUUUUUCAAUUGCCCUACACAAAAAUUAUCAACAUCUAAAAAGAUAAAUCCAAAACCAAAAGUAUUUUCUUCAAUACAUGACGAGGAAACACAAAGACCUCCAGAAUUUUCACAAUUCGAUAAAACAAAUACAAUAACUUCAAAGACCUAUUCCAUCAGUAUGCAUGAAGAAAAUACUCAGAAUCCCAAAAUAGAUGAUGAUUUUUUCAAUUGUCCUACACAAAAAUUAUCAAUAUCUAAGAAUACAUUUCCAAAACCAAAAGUAUCUCAUUCAAUUCAUGAAGAAGAAACACAAAGACCUCCAGAAUUUUCACAAUUUGAUAAAACAAAUAAUAUUGUUUCUAAUAACUAUUCCACAAAUAUAAAUAAAGAUUUAACAGAGGUUCCAGAAAUGGAUGACGAUUUUUUCAAUUGUCCUACACAAAAGGUAUCGAUUACUAAAAAGCUAAAUCCUAAACCAAAAGUACCUUCUUCAAUAAAUGAUGAAGAAACACAAGAACUUUUAGAAUUUUCAAAACCUUGUAAAAGUAAUUCAAUUGUGUCAAAAAGUUAUUCCACCAGUAUACAUGAAGAAAAUCAUCAGAAUGCCAAAAUAGAUGAUGAUUUUUUCAAUUGCCCUACACAAAAAUUAUCAACAUCUAAAAAGAUAAAUCCAAAACCAAAAGUAUUUUCUUCAAUACAUGAUGAAGAAACACAGAGACCUCCAGAAUUUUCACAAUUGGAUAAAACAAAUAACAUUGCUUCUAAUAACUAUUCAACCAAUAUAAAUAAAGAUUUAACAGGGGUUCCAGAAAUGGAUGACGAUUUUUUCAACUGUCCUACACAAAAAUUAUCAAUAUCUAAGAAUAAAUUUCCAAAACCAAAAGUAUCUCAUUCAAUUCAUGAAGAAGAAACACAAAUACCUCCAGAAUUUUCACAAUUUAAUAAAACAAAUAAUAUUGUUUCUAAUAACUAUUCCACAAAUAUAAAUAAAGAUUUAAUAGAGGUUCCAGAAAUGGAUGUUGAUUUUUUUAAUUGUCCUACACAAAAAUUAUCAAUAUCUAAGAAUAAAUUUCCAAAACCAAAAGUAUCUCAUUCAAUUCAUGAAGAAGAAACACAAAUACCUCCAGAAUUUUCACAAUUUAAUAAAACAAAUAAUAUUGUUUCUUAUAACUAUUCCACAAAUAUAAAUAAAGAUUUAACAGAGGUUCCAGAAAUGGAUGUUGAUUUUUUUAAUUGUCCUACACAAAAAGUAUUGAUUACUAAAAAGCUAAAUCCAAAACCUAAAGUAUCUUCUUCAAUAAAUGAUGAAGAAACACAAGAACUUUUAGAAUUUUCAAAACCUUGUAAAAGUAAUACAAUAGUGUCAAAAAGUUAUUCCACCAGUAUACAUGAAGAAAAUACUCAAAAUCUCGAAAUAGAUGACGAUUUUUUCAAUUGUCCUACACAAAAAGUAUCAACUUCUAAAAAGGUACGACCUAAAGUAUCUUCUUCGAUAAAUGAUGAAGAAACACAAGAACUCUUAGAAUUUUCAAAACCUUGUAAAAGUAAUUCAAUUGUGUCAAAAAGUUAUUCCACCAGUAUACAUGAAGAAAAUCAUCAGAAUGCCAAAAUAGAUGAUGAUUUUUUCAAUUGCCCUACACAAAAAUUAUCAACAUCUAAAAAGAUAAAUCCAAAACCAAAAGUAUUUUCUUCAAUACAUGACGAGGAAACACAAAGACCUCCAGAAUUUUCACAAUUCGAUAAAACAAAUACAAUAACUUCAAAGACCUAUUCCAUCAGUAUGCAUGAAGAAAAAACUCAGAAUCCCAAAAUAGAUGAUGAUUUUUUCAAUUGUCCUACACAAAAAUUAUCAAUAUCUAAGAAUAUAUUUCCAAAACCAAAAGUAUCUCAUUCAAUUCAUGAAGAAGAAACACAAAGACCUCCAGAAUUUUCACAAUUUGAUAAAACAAAUAAUAUUGUUUCUAAUAACUAUUCCACAAAUAUAAAUAAAGAUUUAACAGAGGUUCCAGAAACGGAUGACGAUUUUUUCAAUUGUCCUACACAAAAAGUAUCGAUUACUAAAAAGCUAAAUCCUAAACCAAAAGUACCUUCUUCAAUAAAUGAUGAAGAAACUCAAAGACCUCCAGAAUUUUCACAGUUUGAUAAAACAAAUAAUCAAAAAUCAAAGUUUGUCAAGUCUAAUAUAAUAAGCCCAUCAAAUGUACAACUUCCAGUUAUGUGUAAUGAGAACUCCUCAAAUAGUUUAAGAACUAAUAAACCAAAUAUUCGGGUUAGAGAAGAUCUACAUAAUAUGUCCUAUUCUGAUGGUUCAAGCAAUAAUUCCACGAUCAUCUUAAAUAAACCUAAUAAAAACAGUGUAUUUAAUAAUAUAAAUACUACAGUGCCUUUUAAUAAAAACUUCGAUUCACCUGGUUGUUCAAAAACUACUACUAUCAAAAAAAAUGAUAUAAACGCAUCAUCAUCUACUAAGCAAGAAUGUUUUAUUGAUGAUUCUGAUCAAUCUCAAGUAUCUAUUUCCCUUAUAUAUAAUAGCCAUUUGAAACAAAUUAAUGAAUCCAUAUUUAGUCCAUUAAAUAUACCUGAUGUAAGUGCAAACUCAUUGUUAGAAGAUCAUUCAUCUCCAAUAACCAUUGAGAAUAAUUUAAAUACCUUAAAAUGUGAACCAUCUACUUCUAGUAAUGAUGCUUUUAAAUGGAAAUCAUUUUGGAAUAAGAAAAAAGUACAAAGUCAGGAUAAAGGAAAAAGUGAUAAACAAAAAAGUAUCAAAAUCGCACCUGAAGUUAAGGAAAAUAAAGAACGGUACCAGACAAGAGCAAUAACUAGAAAACGAAAGCUAAAUGGCAUAGAAGAAAGCAACAAAAAAUUAUGCAACAGGAAUAAUAUAUUAGAACCAUUGGUUGGAAAUUCAUCAGAAAUUGUUGUUAGUUUUAGUUAUCUUAAGAGUCGUCACCUGCAAGAAAUGAAACAAUUUGUUGAAAAAACAGGUGGGACGGUUACAGAUGAGAUUACACAAUGUACAGUAUUGGUAACAGACAAGAUACGGUGCACAAUGAAAAUACUGUCGGCAAUAGCCAAAGGGUGUCCAAUUGUCAAUGCGAAUUGGCUGAAACACUCUUACACUGUUAAAAUGUUUCAAGACGUUGACGAUUUUAUAAUUGUGGAUAAAGAUGCGGAAAGAAAAUACAAGUUUCAGCUUAAGGAGUCGUUGGCCAAAGCCAAAACCAAGAGACUCUUAGAUGGAUAUAAUGUAUUGGUUACUCCAUCGGUGAAACCUGGUCCCCAAGAAAUGAAAGUGAUUAUAACUUGUGCUGGUGGCAAUUUUGUCUUAAACUGGACAACAACACAAUACACAAAGGAGUUGAUUGUGACGUGCGAUAAAGACCGUAAUCGAUGGAAGCCAGCGUGGGAUAACGAUUUAGCCAAAAUAAUUGACAGUGACACCCUUGUAAUGUCCAUUAUUAGACAACAAUUGACUAUAUAAUGCUAUAGGUUACUUCUUAUUAAAAGCUGUAUAAAAUGAAAUGUGUAUAGUCACUUGUUAAUCUUCUCAAAAUUAAUAUGAUCUUAUAUUAUAUUUCAACCAAUUAAAUCAGUACUAACUACAGUGGAAUCUCUAUAAAGUGGACAGUCAUAAGAAAUUAAAAAUGUCAAUUAUUGUUAAGUGCUAUAGAAAAAAAAUUUAAAGUACAAAUAUCAUGAACAUAUAAAACAAAAAAGGGUUUUAUGAGAUUAAACAUUUUAAAAUCGGUAUUAUUAAUUACAUAAUAUUUAUAAUUUAUAAGAGCUAGUUAUUAUUUAUAUGUAUUUAUUAAUUUUUAUAAAUAUGCUUGUAUUAAAAAAUCAGGUUUCUUUACUGAUUGUUUUCUGUUUUUCAUAAUGGCAUAAUGGCUUCUAUGGAUAAUCCAAUCACAUCUUCUUUAUUUUAAAUAUAUUUUUAUUACUUAAACAUUUUGGAUAGCAUGUCAUAAUAUAUUAUGUCAGUUGAUGAAGUUAUUUAUACUUUUGGUACCGGUUUUAGUGUAUUACUUCAUAUUCUACUAUUGAGUGUCAAUUAUUUAGUGAGUAUAACCACAGAUGUUAUAAAUUAAUCUAAUUCUUUAUCCUAUUGACUAUUGUGUUCAUAUAUUUUUGACAGGAAUUAAAAGUCUCAACUAUUGAGAGUAGUUCUUUAUUAGAGAUUUCACUGUACUAAAAAAUAAGAAUAAUGUACUUGACAGAUGCCAUAAAAAAUUGUAUUGGCAUCAUUCCUUUAAUUAGAGCUGUCAAUAAGCUGAUAAAUAAUAAAUCAUAUUAAUUACAUUUAAAAUGUUUAAUGUAUGUUAUUAACUAUAAUGUUGUGUUGUAAAGAAUACUUUGAAAAUAAAUUUAAAUAACUACUCAAAAAACAUAUUAAAUACUUUUUUUGCUAAUAAAUUAAUACUCAAAUCCAAAAACAUCCAAAUAUUUUUUCACAGUAUUUGAAAUGAUUUCUUAAAAGAUUAGAAUCUACAGAAAAACCUCCCACUACUUUGAGUAAAUGAAUGAUAUUCUUAAAUUUACAAGAAAAUUCUUCGUCUUCAAUCACAGAAUGAUUGGAAAGUUUAGAAAAAAAAUAAAUGUAUUGAACAAUUUAUUGAAAGAAGCAACAAAAGACAAUAACAUAAAAUUAAAAUUAAAAAAAAUCAGUUAAUAAAAUAUUAGAAAUUAAUUUACUAUAGAUAUUAACCUUAUAUUAUACAAUAUAUUAUUAUUUAUUC